AUGGUGUUGGUGGUAUCGCCGUAUUCGUAUUUUGAAUUCGGGUCCCACAACAUAUCCACUUUUGAGGUGUUUGGUAAUCUCGUGUAUGUGGGGCUGUACGAUGGAUCUCUGGACGUUUGUCAGCUUCCUACUGGCGGAGAAACACAGAUGACCCAAUUUGAUGAAUCGAAACUGGUAUUGGAGGACCUCAACGUGGUUGCAAGAACGAAACUAUCAUGUCGAGCGAUGCAAUUGGAACUGAUACCAAACCUGGGAUACCUGGUUGCACUACUGGAAAACCAGACCGUGGAAAUCUAUAGUCUGAACGAUUAUCAAUUCAUAGACAAGUUUGAUGAGGCACGCUUCAAUUUGAUCAAAACCUGGUAUGAGGACGACAAAGAACUCCAGCUGGACCAGAUCAAUGAAGAAGAUAAUGACUACAUCACAGUUGACGACAACGACUCCAUCUCGCUCGCCACCACUGCCUUGGAAACUAUCCGUACCAAGAAGUUUGUCACAUCAGUGACAGGCAACAGCUACUUGUGUCUGAUAUCCAAACGAAAUAUUGCAGUGAUGAAGUGGCACGACAACCAAUACGAACGCAAAUACGAAUACAAGUUGAAUGACAAGAUCCAGGUAGUUGAGUUCCUCAAUUCCGAUGGUUUGAUCGUUGCACUGAAGAACGGUGACAUUCUGAAGAUCGAUCUCGCGCACGAUUCUGUGUCCACUAUUCAAAUUCAGUUCCUGAACCAACCCACUGGUUUCAGCAAGUCAUUUUUCUUUAGUCCGUCAGACUCUCUAUUGGAAAUUUUCAAGGCAAACAACGACCAGCAGCUCAUCAUCAUGAAAGACUACAACCUGAUUAAACUCAACAGCGAUCUAGAACUUGUGGUGUACAGACGACAUACUCAUUCCAUAGACUUCAAAAACCCUGUUUUGGUGCCAAGUCACAACCAAUCUGGGAAAAAGCUGAGAUUCCUCAAAUAUUGGUUUCCCUACGUGGUUUUGGUCUACAUCAACUCACUGGAAAUUCGAAACCUUGAGAACGGCUCUGUUGUGCAGCAGUUGCAAGGCACGUCCACAUUCAGUGGCAUCACGUCCAUUAAAUUCACCCCCAAGUUUAUGUUUCUAGUUUGCAACUCGACAGUGUACAAACUUGUGAAGACGACAUACGACUCCCAGCUGGCCGAGUUUGAGAAAUCAAAGGACUACAACAAUGCCAUAAAUCUAAUUGAAAAGCUUAACCCGCUGGCAUUUGAAGACAUAUCUGAAGACCACUCUUCGCGACAGAUCAAAUUUACAAGACUUCGUCAAUUUGAGCUUCUAAAGGGCCUGGAGUACUUGAAGUCCGAAAAUUAUGAGACAGGUAUCAAGCUAUUUGUCGAGUUUCUAGCCCCACCAGAGCUCCUACUUGAUAAUCUUCCAGAGUCAGUAAAGACUUUGCUGUCUGGAAAUUCAAGUCUCAAACAUGCUGCUAGCAAGGAGUCACUGAAGAGCGAUAAAGAGCCAGAAACUAAAACCAACCAGGACAUCAAGAUUAUCAACCAGGUCAUCAGCUUUUUAACAGAUGCCCGGAGGAAACUCACUCGGCUUCUGGAUCCGGAUUCGCCCAGAUUCCUGUGGCAUGGCUUUCUCAUCUCCCGUGAGCUUUAUGGGUCCAAAGAUAUCUCCAAAUUAGAACAGAAACUGCAAACAGUGGACGAUUGUCUUUUUCAGUGCUAUUUGAUUACAAAUCCCCGCAUGGUGGGGCCACUGCUCCGGAUAUCCAAUUACUGCUCCUUUGACAGAAUAGAGAAAAAUUGUCUCGAGCUCAAGCUGUACACAGAGCUCAUAGAUUUUUAUUACUGUCGGUCACGACACGACAAGGCUCUGGAAUUGUUGGAAAAGCUGUGUAUUUCGGAGCACGUCUUCGAACCUGAAUUCAUGGUCAAAUACAUACAGAAACUCGGACAACCACAGCUGGAUCUUAUUUUCAAGUACUCAGAGAAACUGAUUGCACUAGACCAGACCAAUGUGGAGAGUAUAUUUAUGGAUGACUCAAUCGAGUGCGAGUCUCUGAACAAACAGCAAGUACUGGAUUUCCUCAACAAAUGGCCCUCGUUGCAAGUGCGUUACCUGCGAUACCUAAUAUUUGACCUCGGCGAGACCAACAUCAAGUUUCCAAAUAAACUCAUCGAGCUGUACCUACAGGACCCUGCAAAGAACCAGGCUCACAUCAACCAGAUAUACUCACUCAAUAACUACAACCCGUCCUUCGUGCUCAAGAAACUCAAUUCGCUCAAACAGUCGCCAGUGGUUCUGGAGCUCAUGAUUCUUCCUCUGGGGAAACUCAAUAAACACAAGGAAGUGCUGGAAAUCCUUGUGCACAGGCUCAAUGAUAUAGAAAAAGCGCUGAACUAUUGCAGAGCAGUCCACUCGUCGUCACAAGAGACCGGAAUUAAACUAACGUACAUGCUACUCGACAUGCUUCUAUCCUCAAAUGACUACGACUCAGUCUUUCAAAUAUUGGACUCAGGCAUUACUUAUCUAGACCCAGUCGAAGUAUUAGAGAAGCUGCCUCGAUCGCUUCAGCUCGGCAGGUUGGAGGGCUACUUGGAGUCCAACAUCAGAAAUAUAAUGUCAGACCUCCGCUCGGAUAUCAUAAAAAGUGAGCUUCUCAAAGUGCAGCUCAUCAACCUCAAGUACGAAAAACUGCUCUCAGACACGGCUCAUGUGCGCAUUGACGCCAGCUCCAAAUGUGUGGUGUGCGACAAGAAUUUUGCUGCCUCUUCAAUCCUCAGCUUCUUUCCAGACGGAUCGGUGGUGCAUUAUAGCUGUAGUAAGUAUAGAAAUUAA